CUUAAAUUUCAUGUGGCAUUUUUGAAACAUAUGAGUGUCAGAUAGAAAGUUUUGUUUACUUUUGGAAUUUGUACGAGUACGAGUUCAUUUCUCGUGGUGGGCUAAAUUUGAAACUCAGUCUUGUGAUUUAAUCGUUUGUACAAACGUGAGGACUGUUUUUAGAUAUAUUAUGGAACAGAAAUCGAUCAACCAUGCAUGAGCUAUUUACUCAAGUUCUAAGCAAGAAAGAUCUGUCUAAGGCUGGAGAUCUGUUUUCCUUGGCUGACCAAUCUAUAGUCAAUGAUUUGACGGAGGUAAUCAAUGCCAUCGCUGAGAUAACCAGUCUUCCAGACUACGUCAACAACAACAAUGAUCAGAGCGUCGUGGAGAUCUGUAUUACAAAGGCUACUUCGGCCAUCAGGGAGACAGGAUCCAUUGAGCAACAUGCCGAUGCUUUGGUAGCUUUGUUAGAGUCAUGUCUGAACUACAAUUUGAAGCCAUCAGCCAAAGACGAAGAUCCACCUCAUGCAAAAAUCUCAUCGGACAUCAUAUCAUGUAUAUUUUUAAAUUACAACAAGAAAGAGGUGAUGAAGAGGGCGUUGCCUGUCGCAGUCAAGUUCUUGCACAAAGGCAACCGCGAGUUGUCCCGCAACAUGGCUCCAUACCUUUCACUGGCAGCCAUUGACAAUGCUGACCUUCUGUCCAAACACAUUCAGCUGAUCAUCGACUCCAUCAUAUCAGGUAACUACCCACUAUGCCGUGUGUUGCCUCAGAUCUACGCAGUUGCCAAGGAGCCGAUCCACGACCACGCGAUGGCUCUUGUCUCACUCUUGCCGCAGUGUGAUCUCUCUGAUAAGUUGGCGCUUCUGCAACUCUUUGCGCACAUUGCAGACAACAAGCCUUCGCUGCUAGAGGCUUCUCUACCCCAGCUGUGCGAAUACCUGAGUCCCAGCACUACAGUGACAGCCACUCUAACAGUUCUACUACACCUGGCUAACAAGAGGGCACAGAUGUUGGUGGACUACGUACCCAAGGUGAAGCAGGCUGCCGAGUGUCACACCAACGCUCUGUGUCUAGCCGCACAAGUAAUCUCGGCCGUCGGGAAACUUAGCAAGGAAAGAGCGGAGGACGCGUUGAACUUUGUGCUGGAACAUCUGUCCAAAGCCGACCGCACGCAUCAGAGUAUGUUGUUGAAGGAAGCAACGCUGUUGUGUUCCAGCUAUCCUGUGUUGUUCACUGAGAAAAUGCUCGCUCAGGUUUACAAAAACAAGAACACCUCCAGUUCUCAGGUGAACCAGACAUCGGCAGGAGUGACCAUUGUAAAGGUCGGCGGCCAAACUACUAACAACAACAACAACAGUAACACCAACAACAACAACCUCAUCAACAAUAAUGUAUUGACAAUGGUUAAACCCAGCCUUACGUCUACAGCACACCACCAUCUCAACAUGACAAGGGACUCGGGUGGAAGACAAGAGACCAGUAGAAUAGUGAUCACUCCCAGACCUAGGCUGGGUCCAGACAGCCGCAGCACCAGUAGGCUACACUCUGCAGCUCACCGCAGCAUGACUCGGCUCAACAUUGUAAACAACAGCAGGAUCGGUCUUCACAAGAGUAUGACGAGAUUGAGUUCCAGUCAGCAGAUCAAUCAACCUUCACAUCAGGUUACUACAGUGACAACAAUCAACGGAGCAAGGCAUUACAGUCUGGCCCCAAACAAAGUGUCUAGCGGAGGUGUCUCAGUUACCACCAAGGCAGCUAGCAAUAACGUAUCAGACUCCACAGUGACGGUCAGUACUGCACCGCCUCUUCAUACUACAUCAGUGAGUACGACCCACACGCUUCCGCACAGCUCCAGUAGUUCACCUCUGUCCCAAUCUGUAGUGUCUACUCUUCCGUCCACCAACGCUCUGCACUCCUUAGUAGCUUCUACGACAGGAGCCGUUUCAGUAACACAAACUCUACCUGUGACUGUGAUGAGUCAUGUGGUCUGUCCGAGGAGAACCAAUACUAGUGUGACACUCAUCAACCAAUCACAACACUCCAUCACACAGAGAAUCAGUGUGUUUGAGCCCUACCCCAUGCGAGACACUGUUCAGCAUUUCUGUGAGAAACACCUGGACAAGAUUAAAGCCUACAUGGAGAAAGUAUCAGUCAGGAUACCACCGCCUGCCAAGUGCACUAUUGAAGAGAGACGAGCCAAGAAGCUGGCCAAGCUACAUUUCGCCUGUCAGGGUCGUGGAGAGCAUUGUCUGUACAGCAGGACUUUCUUCACCAUGAGGACACGCAACCCUCGAGUGUGGAUACAUCUCAUGUUCCUCGCACUCCAGGCUCGGUCCCCCUCCGCGCUCAGCUCCAGGGACAGCUCCGUCUCCAGCCUCAAGAACUGCUGGGACAUCCUCAAGUGUGAGAAUAAGACGUUCCUUACACUUGUCACCUCUGCGUUCCCCUGCGCCAAGGACCAGGAAGCAGUACUGAAUGAGCUUAGACACACAGGGUUUUGUGACGUGUUCUCACACAUCGUUCGCACCAACGCGGCCGGGGAGUCCACCAAUGUCUGGGGCUGUUUUCUCUGCAACCAUCCGGAGAGAGCGGUCGGCUUCCUACAGGACUCUCAGCCGGUCAUUGAGGGACAGCUCAAGGAGAAAAAGGGACGGUGGAAGAUCUUCCGAAGAUGGCGGACUCGCUACUUUACUCUCAGCGGUGCUCAUCUGUCCUACAAGGGCUCGAAGGACGAUAAAGAGGUGACGCCUAUCGACGUUCACCAGAUCAGGUCUGUCAAAGUGAGUCGAGGAGCUCGCAACAUACCUAAGGCCUUCGAGAUCUUCACUGGCGACCACUCGCUCAUACUCAAGCCGAAGGGCGGCAAGAAUGCGGAGGAGUGGGUACAAUGUCUGUCUGUCGUGGUGGCACACUCGCAAGCUAAAGACGUUCCGACUAGAGGCUCGAGUCUGGUGCGAACAUCCGUCUGAUAAAGGUGGAAUGAGUGUUCACUUGAUUCGUAUAAACGGAUACGAAUUUGCAGCUAUAAGUGUUGUGGGUAGUGGUGUUUUGUUGUUUCUGGACCAAGGUAGGAAACGAUUAGGUGAAAUGAAAAGGAAACUAUAUUACUAGGUAAAAUUUUUUGUUUGUAGUGUAACGUUUGUUCAAAUAACAAAGGAUGCCAGGUAUAGGGCCUUCCUGUUGCGAAAGGUUUGUAUUCAUUAACGGCAGGUAGGCCCUAUCCCCAACCGCCUUCAAUGUUUGAACAAACUAUAGUUUAUGAUAUUAAUUGUCUCUCGCAUUGGUUCAGAAGUGGCAAAAAACAAUUACUGUUCGUGUUGGUCAUUGUGAACAAAGAGAAUCCAUUUGUAGUCCCUCCAUUAAUGCGUAAAUGAAUCCACAAUACCUCUUGAAAUACACCAUAAAAAUUGAGUGUGUGAAAAUUGAAUUGAAUAAAUUUAGGUUCUAGGGUUGAUGCCUGAAGGGGUUGAACAGGAAUCCAGUUGCCUUUGCCUUGGUUUACAUAGGUAUGAUGUUUAUGAAAUUAAAUCAAUCCAAUAAGUAUUAGCGUUAGGUACCAGACACAAACACUAUUCGUUCCCUUGAAAUGACACAUUGUAUUGUGUUAAGUCUUUUGAUAUAGGCUAAGAAUUACAGUUGUUCAAAAUUAUGAAUAAUUGGGUUGUAAAAUUUGUCAUCUUAUUUAUUAAACGUGUAACAUUUUAGGACUGAGUAUGGCACAUCUAGAAUUUGAUGUUAAUUGAUAAGUCGAUAGAUAAAUUGCUAGUAUUAUCUGUAUUACCUUACUUAAUAUUCAAACCAAACUAAAAUAAAAUUAUGGAAUGUUUCAUUAUUCAUUUAAUAGUAAAUUACAAUCUUAGUUGUUUGUGCCUUAUCCAUGUGUGUGGCUAUUCCAUGUGACAAUUUUUUAGAUUGUUAACUUAUUAUUGUUACCUGUUUUUUUCUGAUGUGUAGAUGCAUGAAAAAUAGUUAUUGUAUUAGUGCAGUUUGUACAACCUCAGGCUGCUAAAAUAUUUAUAUUCAAUGGAGAAAAAAUACCAAGACUGGUGUAAAUCAAGCCUUACGUAUUUAAAAUUUAACUGUUGUUGUACAUAAACAUUAAAUAUUUAUACACCAAUAGUAUCUUUGUUUCUAUUACGGUACAGUUAGAAUAUCCCUGCUGCAGCAAAUCUGCAGGCUAAAAAAAAUUUGAUUUGCCUAAAUGGAUUUUCACUUAAAUAUUACCUUAAACGUGUCAGAUUUAUUCGCUGUUUGGAUGAUAUUAAUUUUAACGUGUUCUUAGGUUUUAUACUACAGAGAAGGUAAUAAAGUGUGUUUUUCACAAAAUUUUAAUACAAAUUUUUACCCCAUAAGAAAGAACCCGUUCCAAAAUAGUCUGAUCAUGCUGGAUUGUGAACUCGUUCAAAUAAAUGCAUUCUUACACAUUUUGUACCAAAUUUAAUGGAAAUCUCAUAAUUUUUCUCAUAUUUGUACAAAUUUAAACAGAUUGUGUCUUUGGCCUCUGAGCACAUCAAAACAAAAAUAAAUCUAUCCCUGGUCUAGGUCUUACCAUGAGACUUGUGGUAAUAGGUAGCUUAUUCCCUAUAUGGGAAAUUUGGUAAAAAUCAAGCCUUAAUUCAGUGAGUUUAUUUACAAGGCUGAAAACCAAAAGAAUACAGUGUUACCAAAAGAAACAUUUACAUUCCAGGAUUCCAGAAAGGGUUUUUAUUAAGUCUUGUCAAUUUAUAUCAAUAUAGUGCUUCCACAAUAUAGCCAAUUGCAAAGUCAUUAACUUAAAUUUAUAACUAUGGUAGUACGUAAAAUUUGUAUUGCUACUAACAAAUACUUGACAAAUGAAGGCCUGUAAACAAUGUGAUAAUCUUUAGUAGACGUAGGUCAUUUUUUUAAGUGAAUAAACAUUUUUUAUAGUAAUUGAAUUGAUGUACGUGUGUGAUAUGUUUGUUUCAUAAAGUAGAAACUAAACAAGCUUUGAGGUAGUGCUAAAAAGUUAACAGAGAUUUCUAACAUCAGGAGUCAUGGAAAGGAAAUAUUUAAAGUUUUUACUCUACCUCAUGCAUUGUAUUAUAAUUAUAUACUUGUAAUUUUUAUACAAUAACCAGGGUUUUUUAUAUGUAUUAGUACCGUAAUAUCUAAAUAACAAAAUUAAUAGUUUUUUUGUAGAUAUAAAUACUUUCUAUACAAUAAAUUAAUAGUUUAAAUUUAGCGAUGCUUUUUCAUAAUGCAAAGAACAUAGGUUUUAUUCUCAUGAAUAGUAAAUAUGACAAGCAUUUUUAUUUACUUCCAAAGAGUGUUAGACCAAAGUAUCUUAUUUCAUUAUUUCACAUUGAUUUCCCAUCAUUAAAUGUUCUUUCUUCAAUCAAUACCAUUCACAAAAAUGAUCCAUCAUCAUCUUGAUUUAUAAACAGAUACAUGGUCAGUUUUAUCUGUUUAUUUCAAUUGUAAAUAUUUGUGAUAUGUAAAGAUUAUAUUAGAAUUUAGCGAUUUUGUAGUGAUAAAUUUAAUUAUCUAGUGCUUUUAGAAGGAAUACAGUAGCGUAGUUAUUUUUGUAUGACGACCGUUUCAAAACAUAUCAUAAAUAACUUUCAUACAAUCAUAAAAUUAAAAAUGUUGAUUUUUACUUAGAGACUUUGGAAUUUAAAGUUUUUUAAACACUAUUGAAAUUUGGUUUUCAAACAAAUUUCACUGUCAGACGACACACUCCAUUGUGAAAUGGCAUCCUUAGCUAGGGUGUAGUUGGGAUUGGUUUUUCAAUUUACUUUAGGCUAGACCUAGGGGUCGCGGCAUUAUCACUUGAUAAAAAUCCAUUGUUGAUUGGCGGGAUUUGAACCCGGCACCUCAGGGACCAAAGUCCUGCGCUCUACCACUAGAUAGCUUGUUCCUCUUUGCCAGAUACUGGAAUGCUGGAUUAAUCAUAGAAAAACUUUGUAUUAGCUCCCAGGGCAGCUCGUAUUUCUGCAUUGCAGCUUACCAAUAAUAUCACUCCCUCCCUACCUUAAAUGGACUAGUAGAUUUAGUCUCACCCUAGGUGUUGAGGAUGCCACUAGAGUAAAAAAUCUGGCAGUGAAUUUUAUCUAGAAAUUCUGUUGACAAAAAAAAAAACAUAAAAACGUAUGUAUGGAGAUUAAAUACCAUAUAAUCAGUACUUCUGGUACCUACUAAGCUUAUUUAGUGCUUUCUUCUCAUUUACCAUAUUACAUAUCAUUACGAUUAACGUAGUUUGUACUCAUAUUAAUCCAUGGGGUGAAUAUGGUGAUAUGCAUACUUAACAAUAUUGAUUAUAUAUAAUUAUGGUUGUAGUACAUAUUAAAUUAAUUUACUCAUACACUUUUA